ACCCAACAUGUCUUUCAAACCAGGAUGUUCAACUGAUGUUGCAAUCAACGAGGCUGGUGUUCUGAAUGGUGGGUUGUGGGCUAACCAGACUCAGAGAAUGCGAACGUACACAAAGGUUCAAAAGCGUGGCUCGGUGGGAAGAACUAUUGAUGUUACCCGUUACAAGGGCUAUGAUGAGCUCAGGCAUGAUCUGGCCCGCAUGUUUGGGAUUGAAGGACAACUAGAAGAUUCGCAAAGAACAGAGUGGAAGCUUGUCUAUGUAGAUCAUGAAAAUGACAUACUACUCGUUGGAGAUGAUCCUUGGGAGGAGUUUGUGAGUUGUGUUCAGAGCAUAAAGAUACUGUCAUCUGCUGAGGUGCAGCAAAUGAGUUUGGACGGAGAUCUUAGUCACGUGCCGGUUCCCAAACAAGCUUGCAGUGGAACUGACAGUGGGAAUGCAUGGAGAGGGCACUAUGAUGAUAACAUAGCUAACUCUUUCAAUAGAUAACGAGUUCUAGUUUCAGGAAUUCCCUCAUUUGAUUGGUAAAGAGUUCUGAAUUCAUAAAUAUGAAUUGAAGACUCACUUCUUAUGAGGUGAAAUACUGUAUAGAGGAAUUCUGUCGACAAUUGGAUCAAUCCCCGGGAAAUGCUGCAAGAUUGUCAAAUGAGCUUUGUGGUUGCUUAAAAGGUUUACACAGAAUGUGUACAAACCAAAACAGCAGCAAAGCUGAUGAGUGUUGAAUGGCUUCCUAGUUCGGAUGGUAAAUUUGGGGGCACUUUUUGACCAUGGCAGUAGGGAGGAAGGCUCAGUAAUCAGGGGAUGCAAUGUCGGAAUCGGGAGAAGCAGAGUGCCGUGGUGUGAUGAUGAUCUGGUACAUAAAAGUAAUUCCUAGAUUUAGCUUCCACUUAUGGGUGGCUUUGAUGGAGAGAUUCAGCACAAAAGAUAGAUUCAUGGAAAUGAGUGUAUCCCAAUCUAACAAAGUGUGUACUGUGUGAAUUGAUGUAGCAGAAUGAUGAAUUUUUUUUUUUUUAAAUGUUGCUAGACUAAGAAUUUUUGAAAGUUUUUCCAUUGGCCAAGUUCUGGAUGGAAA